AUGGAGCCGCGCGCCGGCUGCCGGCUGCCCGUGCGGGUGGAGCAGGUCGUCAAUGGCGCGCUGCUGGUCACCGUGAGCUGCGGCCAGCGAAGCUUCGCCGGGAUCCUGCUGGACUGCACGAAAAAGUCCGGGCUCUUCGGCCUGCCUCCGUCCGCUCCGCUGCCCCAGGCCGAGGACGCCCCCGUCAACGGCUGCCCGGGCCCGGCUGCCGUGGAGGAGGACCCAGAGGCCGUGCAGCUGGGGGCUGGGCCCCCGCCGUGGCCCCCCUGCCCGGAGCUGCCCCCAGCCCUGGUGCCGCUGCCCGCCGGAAGCCGGCCCCCCUUCCCGCCGUACUUUGAGGGCGCCCCCUUCCCACCCCCGCUCUGGCUGAGGAACACUUACCAUCAGUGGGUACCGCAGCCGCCCCCCCGGGCCAUCAAGAGGACGAGGCGGCGCCUGUCCCGCAACCGUGACCUGGGCCGGCUGACCCUGAGCCCCAUCUGCCUGCGGCCGCGGCGGGUGCUCUGUGAGAAGUGCAAGAGCACCCUGAGCCCCCCAGAAGCCAGCCCCACACCCCCGACCACCCCCCGGCCUCGCCGGAGACUGGGCAGCGGCCCCGACCCAGACAGGGAGCCCCGCAAGCCGGGGGACCCUGAGAGCGGGGGCGAUGCAGUGGCCGCAGCCCCCGCACGGAGGAGCAAGAGGGAGCGGCGGGAGGAGGCGCAGGCGCGGGUGGCACGCAGCCCGGCCAUCCGCAUCUCCUACAGCACGCCGCAGGGCGCCGGCGAGGUGGUGCAGAUCCCGCCCCGCGUGCACGGCUCCCUGGGGCCCUUCUGCCCCCCGCCGGCCCCGCCCGGCGCCCAGGAGCCCAAGGCAGCUCAGGACAGGCCGGCCGGUGGGCCCUCCGCCUCCAUUCCCAAGCUGAAGCUGACGCGGCCCGUGCCCCCCUGUGCCACCCCGCCGCCCCCCAAGAUCCGCCUGAAGCCGCACCGCCUGGGGGCUGGCGAGCAGGAGCCGGUGUACAAGGCGGAGCUGGUGGAGGAGCUCAACGGCCGCGGGCAAGGCCCCUGGGCCGGCCCGCCCGUCCCCCCGGCCCGUGGCCCUGCCCGCCCUGUGGUGGUGGACCUGUGCUCAGAGAGUUCUGGCGAGGAGGACGACAGCGUCAGGAGGAGCCCCCAGGGCGAACACGGGCGCGGCCGCCCGGCCUCGCUCGCCAGCUGCCCCGGGAGCCGAGCCGACUCGGCCCGGGAGUCGGCGAGCAGCGGCGGCGGCCCGGACGGGUCCAGAGCAUCCAGCGUGGAAGCGACGUCCCCGGACGCGCGUGACCCGUGCCCUGGCGACGGAGGGCCAGGGCCGUCCUCGUCCAAGGAGGCGGGGCCGACGGUCCCGCCCCUGACGGUCCGGCUGCACACGCAGAGCCUCUCCAAGUGCGUCACCGAGGACGGGAGGACCGUGGCCGUGGGGGACAUCGUGUGGGGUAAGAUUCAUGGUUUUCCUUGGUGGCCAGCGCGUGUGCUUGACAUCAGUCUUAGCCAGAAGGAGGACGGGGCGCCCUCUUGGCAAGAAGCGAAGGUCUCAUGGUUCGGUUCUCCAACUACGUCGUUCUUGUCCAUUUCCAAACUCUCCCCUUUCUCUGAAUGUUUCAAACUGAGAUUUAACCGUAAGAAGAAGGGGAUGUAUCGGAGAGCCGUAACAGAGGCCGCCGAUGCCGCGCGACACGCGGCCCCGGAAAUCAGGGAGCUCCUGUCCCAGUUUGAAACGUGA